CGAGUUGUGGUUGUGGAAGACAUAAAACGAUGGAAGUCUAUGCUUGAGCUUCCAGGUCAACCCAAAGAGAAUCUGAUCGAAGCUUUGGAGGAGCUGAAGAAGAAAAUACCUUCCAAGGAAGUGUUACUUUCAACAAAAAUAGGGCAGGCGGUGAAGAAGGCGCGCAGGCACUCGGACGGCGACGUGGCCGCCCUCGCCACGGAGGUGUACGGCCAGUGGCGGGACUUCCUCAGAGCCCACCCCAGCAGGCCCUCCCUGGAGGUCAGGAGCGACCCCCGGAGCGAGGCCUUCCGGAGCAACGCGCGCAGGCUGCUGGGGGAGGCCCUGGAUCUAGAGGCGGAUCACCCCCUGGCUGAGAGCAUGGAGCGAGAAGCUUUCCACCUCUCCUCGCGGCUCGUCGGCGUGCCGUACCGCCGGACGGUGCGAGCCCUCGUCUUCUCCUUGAAGCACAAGCCUCAGACCCGGGCAGAAGUCAAGGCUGGCACGCUCCCUGUCCCUGCCUUUGUGCAGAGCCACAAAAAGUGA